AUAACUGUCAAUUUUCUGCAUAUCUGCAUAGUAAACAGAGGAGGUGCCAUCUGAUUGCUAUUUGAAUGUGGUAUAUAAACUGGAGGAAUUCUUCUCCCCCUCUGUUCUCAGUCUGAUCUUCCCUACAUUCAACUGUAAUUGUCUGCCAAUUUAAUUUAUUGGACGGUGCAAUACUCUUUGGAAAUAAAGAGUUAUUGGUAAAAUGCCGGAGCCAACAACAGGUACAGGAUCUACUGUGACCGAAAAACAAAAGACGGUUCAAGUAGCCGGGGGAAGCAGAACUGAGAUAACCACACAGACAGUCAAGACACAAAUCAAAUGGCAAAAGGAUGGAAAGGAAGUGAAAAGUGAAAAAACUGUUACGCAGACAGAGCAAACAAAGCGUACAGUCAUUGUUGAUAAUAAUGUAACCCAGGAAGAAUUUUCAGUGAGUGGCAGCAUCAAAGAAGAGGGCAAAGCAGCAGACCAAAAUACAGUAAAAGCACCACCACCCGUGGAAGAGCAAAACAAGCCCAAGGAAGAUGGGCCAAAGAAGGCAAAAGAUGAAGAUGAUUCCUCUUCAGGUAACACACCUCCUCCAGGUGAGAAUGCUCAGUCAAAGGAAAGGAAAGGUUCUGUAUGGUCCCUUGGAGAAGGACAACCAGAAGAUGCAGAGAAACGUGAUAAUUCACAAAGAUCAACAUUAUUUAUUGAGAAACCUUCAAGUGGGUCUGUAAGUGUGGGUGGUGAUAUCAAGUUUAUUGCAAAAAUGGAAGCUAAAGAUCUCCUUCGCAAACCUGUAGUUAAAUGGUUGAAAGGCAAAUGGAUGGACUUGGCUAGUAAAGCUGGCAAGCAUCUGCAGCUGAAGGAUACCUUUGACCGUAUUAAUAAAAUUUACACUUUUGAAAUGCAAAUAAUAAAAGCUAAAGAAAACUAUGCUGGCAACUACAGAUGUGAAGUUACAUAUAAGGAUAAAUUUGAUAGCUGCUCCUUUGACCUAGAGGUUAUAGCUACCCAAGAUGCUUCUCAGAAUAUUGACAUCCGAUCCGCAUUUAAGAGAAGUGGUGAAGGACAAGAUGAUGCAGGAGAACUUGACUUUAGUGGUCUCCUGAAACGUAGGGAGGUCAAGCCAGAAGAGGGCCCUGAAAUCGAUGUGUGGGAGAUCCUUAAGAGUGCAAGUCCUAAUGAAUAUGAGAAGAUAGCGUUUCAGUAUGGCAUCACUGAUCUCAGAGGAAUGCUUAAACGACUGAAACGCAUGCGCAGAGAGGAAAAGAAAAGUGAAGCAUUUUCCAAAAAACUGGAUCCAGCUUAUCAGAUUGAUAAAGGAGGACGUGUGAGGUUUGUUGUGGAAGUCGCUGACCCAACAGUAGAACUGAAGUGGUAUAAAAAUGGACAAGAAAUCCGUCCAAGCACUAAAUACAUAUUUGAACACAAAGGAAAUCAGAGGAUACUGUUCAUUAAUAACUGUACAUUAGCUGAUGACGCUGCCUAUCAAGUGUGUGCAGGAGAUGAAAAGUGCUCAACGGAACUGUUUGUAAGAGAGCCUCCUGUAUUGGUUACAAAGGAACUGGAGAAUGUUCAUUCCUACUGCGGAGAUAGAGUGGAGAUGGAGUGUGAGGUCUCUGAUGAAGAUGCUAAUGUGAAAUGGUUUAAGAAUGGAGUGGAAAUCACAAAUGAGCCACGGUCAAGAUAUAGACUUAAAGUAGAUGGCAAAAAGCAUACACUGAUUAUUGAUGAAGCAAAUCGGGGAGAUUCGGCUACUUACUCUGUGAUGACAACUGGAGGGCAGUCGGCGGCUCAGCUUCAGGUUGAUUUACGGCCACUGAAGAUAUUACAGCCCCUGACUGACAUGACAGUGAAUCUUGGCAAAGAAAUCAACCUGAAAUGUGAAAUCUCAGAGAAUGUACCAGGGAGAUGGUACAGAAAUGGACAACUAGUACAUGGUAGUGAUCGGAUAAAGAUUUUCCAUAAAGGAAGGAUUCACAGAUUGGUCAUAGAAAGUGGUUUAGUUGAAGAUGAAGGCGAUUACUCAUUUGUUCCUGAUCUUUAUUUAACCAAUAUUCCUGCCAAUGUCCAUGUGAUCGAUCCUCCCAAAAUCCACUUUGAUGCCCUUUCUUAUCCUGAUAACACCGUGAUAGUUGUAGCAGGGACAAAACUUCGACUUGAGGUCCCUGUUACUGGAGAGCCAGCUCCAAAAAUUAUCUGGAGUAGAGGGGAUAAGUGGAUCACAGAGCUAAGUGGUCGUAUCCAUGCAGAAUCAUAUCCUGAUCAUGGACUUCUGGUCAUUGACUCAGCUGAGAGGGAAGACUCUGGUACUUACCGCAUCAUGGUUAAGAACGAAGCAGGAGAAGCAGUAGCUCACAUCAAAAUUAAGGUUGUAGAUAUUCCGGAUCCCCCUCAGGCUCCUGAUGUUACAGAAGUUGGGGAAGAUUGGUGUACUAUGAAAUGGGAUCCCCCAUUAUAUGAUGGUGGCUGUCCUAUUUUGGGGUAUUUUAUUGAAAGAAAGAAGAAACAAAGCUCUAGGUGGAUGCGGUUAAACUUUGACCUCAGCAAGGAAACCAUGUUUGAGCCUAAGAAAAUGAUUGAAGGUGUGGCAUAUGAAGUCCGGGUAUUUGCAGUUAACUCAAUUGGCACUUCUAAACCCAGUCCUCCUUCUAAAGCAUUUGUACCAUUGGCUGUAACAAGUGCGCCUACUAUGUUAACUGUAGAUGGAGUGACUGACACGUCAGUCACAAUGAAAUGGAGGCCACCAGAUCACAUCGGGGCUGCAGGUUUAGAUGGUUAUAUCAUUGAAUAUUGCUUUGAAGGAGGAGAAGAUGAAAAGCAGAAGAAGCCAGAAUUUUCUGAAAAUGAGAUGGAAAUAUUAGUUGAUGGUGUCUCCAAACAUGGCCAACAACUUUGUGGUGGCUUGGCUGCUAAAACCACCAAAGCAGAGAAAAGUAAGAUCUGGGCAGAUAUCCAAGCGAAACUCAAUGCUGUGGGGGAACAGAACAGAUCCAUUGCUGACAUUAAAAAACAAUGGAAUAAUCUCAAAAAGCAAACUAAAAAUAAGUUAUCACAAAUCAAGCAGAAAGGCACAGAGGUGAGUGAAGGAGUGCCUGCUCCACCAAAUCAGGAGCUAAAUUCCUUGGAAAAACGUGUUGAAGCCAUGUUGCAACUGGAGCAAAUGGAAGGCACUCCUGGAUUGGAUGAUGACCUACAAGAUGAUGUAACUGGAGGAGGAGCAGACAAACCAAUCUUUACGGAUGAAGAGAUGAACGUUUUAGUGGAUAAUAUUGACAAACUUGGGCCUCAGCUAUUUGGACCUCCUACUGCCCAAACCACUGCUGCAGAUAAAGACAAAAUGUGGGCAGACAUCCAAAAGCAUAUAAAUGCUGUGGGGGGCAAUAACAGGUCUGUUGAAGACAUUAAGAAAGCUUGGAAUAAGCUCAAAAAGCAAACAAAGAAAAAGAUAGAGCACAACAAAACUCAAGCCUUAGUGGAAAGUAAAGGACAACCCUCACAAUAUCAUGAACUAACACCUAUUGAGAAGCGUGUGGAGGUUAUAUUACAAAUCAAAGAAAUUGAUGAAGAGGAUUUUCAAGGGGAACCGGAGGAAGCCGAAGAGUGGGUAGUGGCUAAUCCCGACCCAACAGAUAAAACAAGAUUCACAAUCACAGGGUUACCAACUGGAUCUAAAAUUUUUGUGAGAGUGAAAUCAAUAAAUGCUGCAGGCCCGAGUGAUCCAAAAGUCCACCCCCAACCAAUUCUUGUCAAGGAGGUAAUUGUGCCUCCAAAGAUACGUCUACCCCGUCACUUAAAACAGACAUAUAUCCGAAAAGUAGGAGAAGCUGUAAACCUUGUUAUACCGUUCCAGGGAAAACCUAGACCAAAGGUAUCAUGGAAAAAGAAUGGGUCGCAUGUGGAUAAAACGCAAAUCAGUAUUCGUAACAGUGAAUGUGACACAAUACUUUUUAUUCGGAAAGCAGAAAUGAGCCAUUCUGGAAAAUAUGACUUGAAAGUAAAAGUUGAGAACCUCCAAGAUAAGGCAUCGAUCUUCAUUCAGAUUGUUGAUCGUCCUGGGCCUCCACAAGAAGUACUCAUUGAUGAGGUUUGGGGUGAAAAUGUUGCACUGGAAUGGAAGCCCCCAUUAGAUAAUGGUAAUGCCACUAUUACUGGAUACACCAUACAGAAGGCAGACAAGAAGACAAUGGAAUGGUUCACGGUCUUGGAACACUAUCACAGAAACAGUGCCACAAUAUCAGAACUUGUGAUAGGAAACGAGUACUAUUUCAGGAUUUUCUCGGAAAAUAUGUGUGGCCUCAGUGAGGCAGCUACCAGGACUGUAAAUAGUGCACUUAUUGAGAAGGAAGGUAAAGCUUACAAGAGACCAGAUUAUGAUGACUUUGAUUUUACUGAACCGCCACAGUUUACCCAUCCCCUAAUAAAUACAGUAGCUAUUGCUGGAUACAAUGCUACCCUCAACUGCAGUGUCAGAGGGAACCCAAAGCCAAAAAUAACAUGGAUGAAAAACAAAGUGGUUAUCAUGAAUGAUCCCAGAUACAGAACGUUUAGUAACCAGAGCGUGUGCACCCUGGAGAUACGCAAACCUAGCCCCUAUGAUGGGGGUACAUAUACCUGCAAAGCUGUAAAUGAACUGGGUGAGGCUGAGGUUGAUUGCAAGCUGGAGGUUAAAGGGUCAUUAAGUGGAGAACCAUUUGGACUCUGGAAACAGAAGCAGUUGCACAAUAAGGACUAUUGAAUGUGUAUUGUCAUCUAAGGUGGGAUCUCGUUUUUCCGCCUUCUAAUGAAAGGUGUGCCUCUGUCUGUCAUUAAUUGUUUUAUGCGAGAACUGAAAGCAAGCAAGCAAAAGAGUGCAUGAGCAUGUCCAGAAUUCAGCUGCUCUGCUAUUGAAUUGGAAUCUGGACAUCAGUGUUACAAUUAUUUGAUCUUGGAUUUGCAUCUUCUUUGUGUAGUCAUAUUCAUUACAACUAUAUUAUCUUGUCUGAUGAAAUCAAAGUCCUGGCGCAUGUGUUUAAUUAAGAGGAAGGGACAGAACAAGCUUACAGUGAUGCACAUUAUUUGUGUUUGGUUUAGAGCUUUUAAGCAAUAUAAUUAAAUAAAGAAAGUGCAAGAAUUAGAGAAGAGGUUGCCCAGGGCAAUGCAGAAAGAUGAAGGCACUGAGAACACAGAAAAUUAAGGGCCACUGGACC